AUGCUGACUGCUCAUUCUGAGAUGCACGAGAAACGAGAUCCCCUUGGAGGCGGACAAUAUGGAACAGGCGGGGGUGGUGGCGGCAGCAGUUCGAUCGAGGAAAAAUCUAUUGCGGAACAACCACCCCCGCCGCCGGCGCCUCCCCAGCGGGAUCCAUCGGAUCCAACGAUCAGUGCUAAGAAACUUCCAAAGAAGCGAAAGUUCGAUCCAUCGGAGCUCGAGGAGAUGGAUAAAACUAGCAACGUAACGAGAACCAUAAACAACAUAGUGAACGUCGUACGGGCACCGAGUAUGCCGCUUGGUCUCAAUUCAGGUUUAGUUCAGCAGUCAACGUUAGCGACUCGGCAAUCUCCGCAGCAGCAAGACUCCGAUUGUUAUCAAGUAUCAUCGGCGCAUUCGGUGGUAGUUCUACCACCUCAAAGUACAGCAGUGGAUUAUUCUGUUCGAGAGGAGCCGUUACGGUCUCGUCCUCGGCCUGCUACUACCGUUGCUAUUGAUCUCAGCGAGUGGCGCGACCACAGAGUGUUAGCAUUAAGGGAUUCGUAUUAUUAUUCGGGUGUUAUUCGCAAUGUUGUUCAGGGGGAAAUUUACAUAGAGUUCGACGGGGAGAAAAAACUGAUGCGUUACACUGACGUUCUGGGCGCGGGCAGAUACGACGUGAUAAGCGACGCCAGCCCGUCGGUUGGCCAAGUGACUCUGGACGCGAAAGUUUGCAUUAGGUGUCCAACGUCGAACAAUCAUAUCAACGCUGCUAAAGUGUUUGUCAAAGGGACAGUGUGCAAAAUCUUGACCAAGCCUAACCGUUUCGUUGUUAAAAUACCAAGGGAGGAUGACCAGAGUGAUAGUUACGUGGUGAAACGUGCGGAUAUACGGCUGGUCCAGCCCCCGUGGUGGGACGAGCUAGAGGAAGGAUUGGAGGACUGUGAUUCCUCGAGGGUCGAGGCAAUUGAACAUGGCUAUCGAAAUUCUUCGGAACCUCCGACAGCAGUGCCAAUUUUGCAACUCCAUCACACUUCUCACCAUACAUCUCAUAUAUCGACUCAUAACGACACAGGUGGUUAUUACAGAACAACUGGUACCAGCCCCCUAAUGACUUUAGGCACCUCUGCGCAUUCUGCUACUGCCGCAUUGAGCAACGGAAGUCGACCGUACGACGAUUUAGAAAGCGAGGAUGACUUGGACAGGGAAGACAUUACAUUCCCUUCGGAUGCAGGUAAGAUCGAAUUCGUCUCACGACGUUAUGGUAUCUGUGCCAUCGGCAUUAUCGAGCACAAGAAAUUAGCAAAAACCAAUAGUAACGUAAACAUUCAACUGACAGAUGCGAAGUUGUCAGGCAGCAGUAAAAGAAGCAGCAUGCAAAGUCGGGGAAGUACCAGUAGUUUAGUCGAACAGCGCAGUAUAACUCCUCGUUCUCAAGCAGCCACGCCCAGAUCUCAGGCGGCGACGCCACAUAGAUAUAAAAAAGGUGAUAUAGUGACUACACCGAGUGGAGUUAGGAAAAAAUUCAACGGUAAACAAUGGCGCAGACUCUGCUGUAGCAAAGAAGGAUGUUCCAAAGAGAGCCAACGAAGGGGAUACUGUUCUCGUCAUCUGAAUUUGAAAGGGUCUUGCCUCAGAGGUCCGACCAACACUUUCCCUGGCGGCAAGAUGGACGGCGAGGAAACAUCUAGAGAUUCCGACACCUCUCCAAAUUACGGAGAUAGAAGAAUUGCUGGUCGAUUUGAUCAAGACGAAACUGAAGCUGCCAACAUGCUCGUUUCCUUGGGAAGUUCUAGAUCAGCUACGCCAGCCUUUUCCUCGCCAACUGGACAAUCUUCGAUAUCCCCGUGUAUCAAUCAGUCUCCGGUACCACCUUUGGGACUGAAUCAAAACAAUGUGUUUAUGCCUAUUUCAAGUCCUGCUCAUCACGCAACUCCGCUAAUUUCGCCUGGUGCGAAAUGGAAACAUUCACCUACUCAGUCCACUUUUCUUACUCAGUAUCAGCAGCAGGUGAUAAAGCCUGAACCUAAUCGAGUGGUUAGAUCGAAUCGACCAGCUCCAACUGCCCCAGUCCCUGCUAGUAUAGGGACAAGCGUAAUAAGAAUCUCUCCCGUGAGCCGUGGAAUACCCGGAUCCAAUUUAACCUCAUCAUGGUCGGAACAAAGUCCACCGCCGCGACAUCCGUCGGUUGUGACGACUAUAGCUCAACAACAGCAAGGCAUCAUUCUUCAGCAUGCGCUCACGACAAACAACGGCUUUUCCAGCCACUCUGAGAUAUCGGAACAAAAUCCUCAAAUAUUGAAACCUUCUCAUUCACCCCACAUGUCACUGUCCGCCGCUCCAGCACCACAAAACUUGACCCUUUUGCACAAGCCUUUAGAACAACCAGUUGAUUACGCUCAGCCGCAAACGCAGAAUCAGCCAAUCUACGUGAUGCAACAUCAACAUGAGAAAAAGUAUCUCGUGAUAAAGAAUAGUAUGGAUGUAUCCGCAGCAGGUCACAUGAAUAAUCAAGAUGAUAAAUAUAGGCCGGCGUUAAUGAACCACUUGGCUCAACUUCCAGCAACGUUACAUCAAACGCAAUGUCAACCACCACAGUCACCUGCUGUUUCGUCCGUCCAUGUCGACAAAUUGUCCGUUUUACAAGCAAGCAAAGUAGCAACACACGCAUCCUCUCACAUGGAUAUGCAGAGAACACAGCCACCACCUACGAGCGUUGUAAUGACAACCACUACCGAAGCUUCGAAUCCGCCUACCCCAACAAGUGUCUUCCAGCACGUGAUUGUACAACCCGCGCAUUUGGUACAAAUUCCUAAAACACAGUCGUCUAGGGAUGAGAAUUCCAAAAAUAACGGAGUUCUGUCUUUUCCUUGGCAAACAACAGUACUAGAUCAAUCAGAAGUGAGCCCUCCACCAUCUGCGUUGAGCCCCCCUUUGAGUGCGCCUCCGAUUCCAAUUAGCAUGAGCACACCUGGCGAGGAUGGAUCUGGACCUGGUCCAGAUCCUAUAACUCCCGCUGAAGAAGAAGACGACGAUGUUUUCGAGACAGAGCCGACAACUCCUGCAGAAGUCGAGGCGAAUGCUAACAAGAGACGCAGCCAGUCCCUUAGUGCGUUGCAUUCCAAAGAGCCUCAGAGUCCACUUAAAACUAAAGACAGAAUACGUCGACCGAUGAAUGCAUUUAUGAUAUUUUCCAAACGACAUCGUGCGGUCGUGCAUCAAAGACACCCAAAUCAGGAUAAUCGUACCGUGUCCAAGAUACUGGGCGAGUGGUGGUACGCCCUAGGCCCAGAGGAGAAACAAAAGUAUCAUGACCUUGCGUCGGAGGUGAAAGAAGCGCAUUUCAAAGCGCAUCCAGAUUGGAAGUGGUGUAGCAAAGAUAGACGGAAAUCAUCGACGACGAGUUUCAAAGGUGGCGAGUCUCGAGGGAAGUUGAACAGUACCGGGGAGGAAACGGACAUGGGACCACCGGCAGACGACGUGCCAUUAACGCCUAGAGCUACGGACGAAAUCACCGUUCCCGUUACUACUGUGUACAAUGAAGCGCCGCCGCCCACCAUCGAAGUCAUUAAUCAGUCGCACACUCAUAGGAUAAUGGAAAUGCCUCUGCCAGUUGAAAAUACAGAAUCUGAUUUAAAACAGGACGAAGAUGGUAAUGUAUCAGACGAAGAUCAAAUGGUGAUCUGCGAAGAUCCACAACCUGAAAUAGAUUUAAAAUGCAAAGAUAAAUUGACAGAUAGCGAUAACGACGUACAAGACGAAGAUGCCGAAAAGAAAUGUUACACGCAAUCACGGUUCUCGCCAGUGAGUGGUCAAAAGAGGGAAACCAUAAAUGUUAAGCAAGAAGUAACGUGUAGGCCUAAACCGAUAAAAGCACGAAUACCUUCAACAGGUAUCGAAACAACAACAAAGUAUCAUCAUACUUCCAUGGACAAGGGAGGGAAUGUUUCGGUUUUGUCCAGCACGUACCCUUAUCACAGUCCUGUCAAUCCGACUGGGGUGUCAGGUUUCCAACCUACCGGCGGAGCUUUCAUAACGAUGCCGAUAUCUCCGAAGGUUGUUAAACCAGAGCCAGUGAAGAAUGAACAGCAGUACAGUACCCAAUACAGCAUGAGCAAUUUGGUAGCGAGCAUUCACGAAAACGGGAGAAACAUACCUAAAUUUACGGCUGCUCCGAUUGAAUCGAAACCUAUGAUGGCUCUGUUUAAACAACAGCAGCCGUUGCAGUCCUUAGGCACUAUUCUUCGUCCCCUUACUUCAGCUGUCCCUUAUCAACCAUCGUUCACUCUAACAUUGCUCGAUAACGAUUUGGUGGCUGUUUCCAAACCGCAGCAGGGAUCGCAGUAUCUUGGUCCAACAUCACCUCAUCCCCGGAUGUACUGUGGAUUCCAUAUACCAAUCUCUGAUGCUGGCAAUCGGAACAUAUCCUCGCAAGGUUUAGUUUCUGGUAAUAAGAUGGAAACGCAGAGUGUCAUAGUGAGCAAACCAUACCCACUUUCGACAACUUCCACCACAUCGACUUAUCGAGGAAUUGGUCAUUCGAUAACACGUCUGGCAGAACCCGAAAAAAACGAGAAUAGUCAUGCCCAAUUCUAUGGUAAGUUAUAUCGUUGAUUUCUUUAACACGUUCCGUGCCAAGCGAUUUUUGCUUUUGUUGUCCAGGCCAUUUGAUAUUUUCACUAAAGGUUGAUAUAUUAUCACACAAUCUUUCAUUAGAUCAUCAAUCGAUAAGUAGUUCUCUUGUUUAGAGUAACUAUCACAUCGUGUACCACUUAAUAGUGGUAAUAUUAUUAAAAAUAUGGUGGCACACGUGACCUCUGAAGAUCAAGUUCAACGUGUACCACCGGUGGUACACAUGGCACGGAACGUGUUAACCUAAGUUAUAGUAUUAGGUUAGUAUUAGGUUAAGUUAAGUAUAAUAUUAGGUAAAUUAUAUUGUACUAUAGAUUUUGCGAAUAUCGUAGAUAUUAGGUUAGAUUUAGGUUAGGUUAGAUUUAGAUUAGAUUUAGGUUAGAUUAACACGUUCCGUGCCAAGCGAUUUUUGCCUUUUGCGUUCAGGCCAUUUGAUAUUUUGACUAAAGGUUGAUAUAUUAUCACACAAUCAUUACAUCAUCAAUCGAUAAGUACUUCUCUUGUUUAGAGUAGCUAUCACAUCGUCUACCACUUGUAGUAAUAUUAUUGGAAAUACAUGGUGGUACACGUGGCCUGAAGAUCAAGUUUAA